GUCAUCGGCUGGACUUUUACUUACCCCUUUUACAUACAUCGCGCGUAUAACAUACCUUUUGCGCGUUCCAGUACACCUUGGACUGUUUUCAGACGGUUGUGCUCUCGUACCGAAAAAAAAAAAAAAAUCAGUCCUCUGACUCGUCUACGUUUGCACUUUCACCCUCGAGGAUGUAUCGCCUCGGAGAAGGUGCUACAGACGCGUUUGGCGCGGGGGGAGGCGAACCCGUGGCUAUGAGUAUCGGCGAGCGGCGUUUCACGUGCCGUUGUAUUUAAUACUCGAAACGGUAAUCGCGUAUACCUUUGAUUUCUCGUUGGUCGAUAUGUUGGGCUACAUCUUCAAGGUCCUCCAGGGUAUCUGGAACUAUGGCCACCUCGACGAGCUGGCCGACCAAGAUAUGGCUGCAGUUCAGUCUCUUUUUACGAACGGGAUCGUCAAUGGGUACGGAAAAAACGACAAGGUGUCGAUUGCCACCAGCGUCGCUCGUUAUGCAACUUCAAACGAAACGGGUUUGGAAGGUCCCGAUCAAGUAUUGGUCGCAAACGAGGACACGGUGUGGGACGCGGACGGCCGAGUCCGCAUAAAAAUCGAUCAGUGUCAAAACGACGAGUUCAAGCCCAUAUCGAUUCCCGGGCUGCUCAUGCAGACGGCCAAAAAGUAUCCGAACUGCCCGGCUUUGAUAUCCAGGCCGGGAGUCGAUGGUAGCCGCACUACGAUCACUUACAAAGAAUACGAGAGACAAGUGAGAACGGUGGCCAAAGCCUUCCUGCACUUGGGUCUGGAGAGACACCACAGCGUCUGUAUUCUCGGAUUCAAUACUCCGGAAUGGUUCAUCUCGGACAUAGCAGCGAUUUACGCUGGUGGCUUCGCGGCUGGCAUUUACACAACAAAUUCGCCAGAGGCGUGCCAGUACUGCGCCGAGAGCAGUCGAGCCAAUAUAAUCGUUGUCGAGGACGCGAAGCAGCUCGAAAAGAUAUUACAAGUUAAAAAGAGUUUGCCAAAACUAAAGGCGAUCAUCCAGUACGAUGGAAUUCCCUCGGCGAAGGAUGUACUUAGCUGGAGCGAGCUGAUUGAGAUCGGCGAGAAACAAUCCGACGACAAGCUGAACGCCGUGCUCAGGACGAUAGGAAUCAACGAGUGCUGUACUCUCGUUUACACGUCGGGCACCGUGGGAAACCCCAAGGCGGUGAUGUUGAGCCACGACAACUUACUGACUGACGCGAAGGCGGUGCAAGUAGCCGCUGGAUUCGGGCGCGAGUCGACCCAUGAGAUGAUAGUGAGCUUUCUGCCGUUGUCGCACGUCGCGGCUCAAGUCGUGGAUAUUUUUACGUGCAUGCUGAUGGCGGGCACGGUUUACUUCGCCGACAAGAACGCGUUGCGGGGCAGUUUGCUUGAUACGCUGCUAGCUGCCCGGCCGACCGCUUUUCUGGGCGUGCCCCGCGUCUGGGAAAAAAUUUACGAGAAGAUGCAGGUAGUGGCGAGGAACAAUGGGCCUAUCAAACGCUGGAUCGCCAGUUGGGCCAAGGCGCAAGGUCUUCGGCAUCACAUGAGCCGCGAAACGCGUCCCUCCUGGGGUUUCCUGCUCGCCAAGUGGCUCGUUUUCAACAAGGUCAAAGCGGCCCUCGGCCUCGAACGCUGCCACCUGUUUGCUACUGCUGCCGCACCGCUCAGCGAUGAUAUCAAGAAAUACUUUAUGAGCCUUGACAUAAUCAUCAUCGACGCCUACGGUAUGAGCGAGUGUGCAGGAGCUCACACGCUCUGCACCCAAGCCGAUUUUCGGUUGGGCAGCGUUGGCCGCACUCUGCCAGGCUUCUUCACGAAGCUUGACGCGAUCGAUGCUACGGGUGAGGGUGAGGUUUGCAUGGGCGGCCGGCACGUGUUUAUGGGCUACCUCCACGACCCAGAAAAGACGCGCGAGGCCAAAGACGAAAAUGGCUGGCUGCACAGUGGUGAUCUCGGCAAGAUCGACGCCGAAGGCUUCCUCUAUGUAACCGGACGAAUGAAAGAAUUAAUCAUCACGGCCGGUGGAGAGAAUAUACCACCUGUACGUAUCGAGCAGCUUCUUGUCAAGGAGUGCCCGGGUCUCAGCAACGCCAUGCUCAUCGGUGAUCGAAAAAAGUACUGCACCAUUCUCGUCACGCUAAAGACUGAAAUAAACACCGAGACUGGCGAACCUAUGGAUCCACUUGCCUCUGAUGCUCUAAAGUGGGCCAAAUCUCUAGGCAGUAAGUCACGCACUCUUCCCGAAGUCCUAAACUCACAGGAUCCACUCGUAUACAAAGGAAUUCAGGAAGCGAUCGAUGCAACCAAUGAGAAAGCGAUAAGCAACGCUCAUCGGGUUCAAAAAUUUAGAAUCUUGCCUCACGAUUUUUCGGUGCCGACAGGUGAGCUGGGGCCAACGCUGAAGCUCAGGAGGAAUUUUGUUUUGAAAAAGUAUGCCAAUUUGAUAGACGAUAUGUAUAAAGAGUAGUUACAGCUACUUGAUUGCUUCUACAGACUAAUUAGAAAGAGUCAAGUCUUUAUUACGACAACGACUCUGCAAUACGUGCCUGGUUCUCGUACAAGUGAACAGUCAAUUGGUACUUAGCUCUUCAAAUUCGAGGUUUACAGCGUGGAUACUUAUGUGUGAUAUUUUGUAAAUCUUGCAAUUUUUGUUUUCACUUCCCGUUUAGCUAUACUAAUGUAAGUGAUACAUUUGGAUCCAAAUUCUAGUUAUUGUCUUGUCAAAAAAACAUGUAUUUAUUUAGUAAUUAAUACUAAUCUCUUGAAAUUUCAAUUGCUAAAAAUGUACAUUUAAUACCAUUUUGAUAUGGUUAUGAUGAUUUUUUAUCAGUUGCAGAUAUAUUUCAUUUUCUGCCUUUUAUUUAUGUUUUUUUGUCUCAAUCUUAACAAUUAGAGCAUAUUCAUUUUUGUCGGUAAACAGUUGAUUAUCAAGUUAUAAUCAAUUUAUUUUGUAUUAAAAACAAUAUCUGUAAUAUUUGUGCACCAUUUUUUAUACACUCUAUGCGUGAGGUAUGUAAAUAUUGUGAAUAUGAAAUAAAAAGUGCCUUUUUGCAAACUUAUAAAUAUAUGCAAUUAACACUAGACAAAAUUUUUCUUACUCUAAAAAAUAAUUAGUUUUAAGCUAUUCCUUAAUAUUCCAGAAAAUAUUAUAAAAUUAAACGACUUGUAACGACAACGCUAUUUACUAACAUUGUAAUAAUUGGGUUUCUUUAGCGGGACUUGUAUGAUGAAUUUUUGUGAUCUCUGUGGGUUGGAUAAUGGUAUUAAGAAAUAUAUAAUUAUUAAUGCAACCUUAAAACCUUCAGAAAAUUCUUCAAUUACGAUAAUCAUUCUAGUAUAAUCUCGUACACUAUUGAUUAUUAUUAAUGUAUUCGAUUGAUUAACUGAAAAUAAAUUGGCGUUUCAUAUUUUACUGUUUCA